GAAAGUUGCCCUCAAGAAUAAGUUUAAGAACAACAGAAAGAAGGCAGUGAAUGUGUCUACGGAAAUGCAAGCGGUUCGGGCCCAGAGCUACCGCAAGAGUCCCAGGGAGCCAGUGGUGGAGGUGGCGAACAAGAAGCUAUGCCGCCUCUCUGACAACAAUGACCUCAUCAUUUAUGGGGAGACCAUGGAGUCGCGACAAAAACAUAACGAGUGGCUACAGCAACAUUUUGCAACUGCUGAUCCAGAAGAUUUGCGGCCACGUCUUCUUGCAACAGCCAAGGAACGGCACGAGUGUCUUCGCCGAAUCACGUUGUCGGAGGCGCUCCUGCAGUAUCCUUUCCUAGCAACAGAACACUCGCUGCUGAUGGAGUUCAAUAUAUUGUUCAAAAGAACAAUACUCGACAGUAUUGAGCGUGGCUGCAGCCGUCUGUGCAGCAUCAUUCUCGACCACGCGGAGCAGGACGAGGUUGUUCAAUUCUCUGCCAUGGCUUCUGAGGAUGGUGUGCUUGGUGUCCUCAACUUCAUUGCAGGCCGCUGCAAUGAAUCACUUGAUGCUAUCUUAACAGAAACAGCUGCGGUCCCACUAACUCCAUGCCUCCAGAGGGCAUCUGAUGGCUCCCUCGCGCUGCACAUCGAUGCGCAGCGAUUGUUUGUGACGUCAUCACUGCUAGCAGGCCUGGCCUGCCUUUUCGCUUCGUUCUGGGUAUUCCACAUUGUAUACCCAAAAAAGGCCCACAGGAUUUUAACAUUCAUUGAGCACUGCUUUCUGGAUUUGUGUUACACAAAGCCACGGGUGAAAGCAUUAGAGUUAGUAAAUUUCUACAAGAACUAUUGCUAGGCAAAGAAUUUUUCAGAUUCAUAUCCUCAGAAAAGUGUAUAAAAAUUAUUUUGCCUAACAAAAGCACUGUUUGAAGGUCAGUACGCUAUCACUGGGUCCAAUGAUAAUCUCUAGUGCUCUCUCAUUUGCUUGUUGCAAUACUUUAGAGUUAUAUUUUGUAUUGUGUGUCACUUUGUUUUCACUGUACUUUACUUUCACUACAUCUUGAAUGUGUUGUGAUAGUUUUUCUUUUGCAAUGAAAGAUAUGGUGGGCAGUUGCCUACACUAAUGUGAUAGUAUGAAUGCUUGCUGUAUUUAUCACGAUUGUUUCAUUUCGCUGGGGCAGCAAUGGUCAUUAGCAGCAGAUCCUAUGUGCCCUUAAGUGCAAUAUUUUUAUUUUGCAUAGUAUUGUUCAUAAUGAUCCACUGAAUGCACUGCACACCCAUAUUCUGGACAACUGCCUGUUUGAAGAUAUCUGCAUAUUCAUUGGGUCUAAUGUGAACAUCUCUACUACUGACUUAUUCACUACUUCUUAAAUGUGUUGCACUGUGAUAGUACGAACGCUUGCUGUAUUUACCACAUGGUUGUUUCAUUUCGUCUGGGGCAGUAGUGGCCGUUAGCAGAUGUCAUUUGGCCUUAAGUGCAAUAUUUUUAUGCUGCAUAGUUAUGGUUCAUACUGAUCCAUUGUAUGCACUGCACACCCAUGUUCUGGACAACUGCCUGUUUGGAGGAAUGAUCUGCAUAUUCAGUGGGUCUAAUGUGAACAUCUCUAGUACUGCCUGUGUAUUUAUGAGUUAGAUGUUUUAUUGUGUGUCACUUUGUUUUCACUGCUUUAUUUUCACUACAUCGUGAGUGCGUUGACAGUUUUCCUUUUGCAGUGAGAGAUAUGGUGGGCAGUUGCCGGCACUAAUGUGUGAUAUUACGAAUACUUGCUGUAUUUACCAAAUCGUUGUUUCAUUUCGUCUGGGGCAGUAAUGGCCGUUAGCAGCAGAUGCUAUUUGCCCUUAAGUACAAUAUUUUUAUUUUGCAUAGUAUUGUUCAUAAUGAUCCACUGAAUGCACUGCACACCCAUGUUCUGGACAACUGCCUGUUUGAAGAAAUCUGCAUAUUCAGUGGGUCUAAUGUGAACAUCUCUACUACUGACUUAGCUUCACUACUUCUUAAAUGUGUUGCACUGUGAUAGUACGAACGCUUGCUGUAUUUACCACAUGGUUGUUUCAUUUCGUCUGGGGCAGUAGUGGCCGUUAGCAGAUGUCAUUUGGCCUUAAGUGCAAUAUUUUUAUGUUGCAUAGUUAUGGUUCAUACUGAUCCAUUGAAUGCACUGCACACCCAUGUUCUGGACAACUGCCUGUUUGGAGGAAUGAUCUGCAUAUUCAGUGGGUCUAAUGUGAACAUCUCUAGUACUGCCUGUGUAUUUAUGAGUUAGAUUUUGUAUUGUGUGUCACUUUGUUUUCACUGUGCUUUAUUUUCACUACAUCGUGAGUGCGUUGACAGUUUUCCUUUUGCAGUGAGAGAUAUGGUGGGCAGUUGCCGGCACUAACGUGAUAGUACGAAUACUUGCUGUAUUUACCACAUGGUUGUUUCAUUUCGUCUGGGGCACUAAUGGCCGUUAGCAGCAGAUGCCAUUUGGCCUUAAGUGCAAUAUUUUUAUGUUGCAUAGUUAUGGUUCAUACUGAUCCAUUGAAUGCACUGCACAACCAUGUUCUGGACAACUGCCUGUUUGAAGGAAUGAUCUGCAUAUUCAGUGGGUCUAAUGUGAACAUCUCUAGUACUGCCUGUGUAUUUAUGAGUUAGAUAUUGUAUUGUGUGUCACUUUAUUUUCACUGUAGUUUAGUGGGAUUGCACAUUGAAUGUGUUGUCAUAUUUUACUUUGCUAUGAGAGAUCUAAUGGGCAGCUACCAGCCCCAGUCUGUGUAUUAGUACAAAUAUUUAUUAUGCUUAUCACAGCAUUUUAAGGCCAUGCCUCAGGCCAUUAACUCAUGCCUGACUUUUUUAUGAGAAACAUGUCAGAACUAAUAAACAAUCACUCAUG